AUGUCCAUUGUAGCGGAUACCCCAAACACCAAAGAUUCUUUGAAGAAUCUUUCGCUCGAAAAUAAGAAGAGCAAGGUCUUCCUUCUUGCUAAGGACCCAGGUUUCAGAACCAUAAAUGGACACUGGUUGCAGCAGAGUUUUGUACAAAACAAGCUUGGUUCAACAAGGGAAUUACACGACCUUUUUCAUUCUACAAGUAGCCUCAAAGUCGAGAGCACUAAGUGUGACUACCACAUGUCAAAAACUAAUUGGAUUUGA